CGCAGGUCAGUGGCUGGUCCCGGAUCAGUACCACGACCACAUGUGGGCCGCUUAGCGGUCGACAAGUGGUUGUCCGCUGACCACAAACGAAGAAAGUCGUCCGCCAUUAUUAGUACAACUUGCACUCCGCUGGUUGGGGAGUUUGGUCGCAUAGCGCUGGAGUUUUUGAGGAGAGGAAGCAGUCCCAAGAUCUAUGAAGGAGCAGCCAGUAAGACGUGCACCUACCAUGCCGCUGAUUGGUCCAUCUUUAGUGAGCGCCGUGGACUCUAGUGGACGCGUCAUCUGCAGGAAGCUGUGCGUUCCGGUGGAGACGGUGCAGCGUGGAGUGGAAGGCCUGAUGUAUCUGAUGACCGAGAGCUCCAAACACAUGAUCUCUAAGGUGGAUUUCCUGGACUCGGUGUUGGUUCUGGGCUUUGGUGAAGAGCUCAACCAGAUCCUCUUACAGCUCUACCUGCAACACCACAGUGAAAUCCGCAGCAUUCUGAGUCAGCUGCCCUCCAACCUGCCCGGCUACCACAACCUGGAGUGGAGGCUGGAUGUACAGCUGGCGAGUCGUGCGAUCCGUCAGCAGGUGGUCCCCGUGCUGACGAUGCGCCUGCUCCUCACCGGAGGAGGUGACGGCACCGGUGAGCUCAGCAGAAGGGUUCUCCAGACGGACCCCGGCACCCUCCUGCACCUCAUCUCCACCCUGGAGGGGGCUCUGGCUGCCAUAAAAACCAAUCACGCGCGGCGCAUUUUCCGCAACAUCAAAUGAGCACAGGUGUGUUCACGCGCGAGCUGCCUCUGCUGUGACCGACCACGCGUUGCCUUCAGCCUUCUGCUCUGCUUCUGGAUGCUGGACUCCUGAUGGUGUAUUAAAGUGUUAGACAACAUGAAA